GAAUGAAAUAUAGAAUUUAGAGUCGACGAGAAAGUAUUACAGCUCUUCACAGCCAAUGUGCAUUUUCCAUAAUUUCAGUUGGAAAGAUUUAAAUCACGAUGAAGGAGUAAAAAAAGGAAGAACAAUUUAAAGAGAAAGCUAAAUUUUCUAUAUUUUUAGGAAGAUUUGCUUUUAUUCAGGGUUUUUCCCCUGGUUUGGUUGGUUCUCCAGGAAUCCUAUGAAGAAGUAAUCGAGUUGAAUAACAGAAUGCAAAUUUUUAGCAUGUUCCUGCUUUGUUUCCUGCAACAAGUCAACAUAUACCAAUGCCGAAAUACGCUAUAUAAUAUGGUGUACUGGGAUUUAAGACCAUAUAUUUUUACAAAUCAGAAAAACGAAAUUGAUGGUAUCUUUCCAAAGACCUUCCGUGCAAUAGCAUCGUAUUGUUUUGAAAAUAAAAAUGAUGAAAAUAAUACUGCAGAAUUUGUUCAAUAUCGACACCGAAGUAAUAACCAGGAGGAAUUUUUACAAUUAUUCAGGAAUUUGAGUAUAUCAUACAAAACAAACCAAUUAGCAGGUAUUUCCAGAAAAAAUGCAAUGUGGGGACCUAUGGUACAUCUUCGGUUAGAUACUGAACAUCUUAGGAAACGAAAAUUGUCUCGAUACACUUUCCACAGAUCAACAGCAAUAGCAGUUAUUGUUACGCGGGACAAAAUAUCAUUGUACAACAAGUUUAUCAGAAGGUUGUCAAGUUGUAAACAUACAUUAAUUUUGGCUGCGUUAUUGAUUGUUAUGUUUGGUAUUCUAAUCUGGAUACUAGAAAGAAAGGAUAACAACAACUUUAACGAAUCUUUCUUAGCAGGAACAUUAACUGGCAUAUGGUGGAGCUUCAUAACACUUACAACAGUUGGUUAUGGAGAUGUAGUCCCUAAGUCACUACUAGGAAGAAUUUUGUCUUGUGUUUUAAUGUAUACUGGGAUGGUAAUACUGUGUGUUAUUACGGGAACAGUAACAGCUGCUGUUAGUGGCACUGGUGAUCUAGGGAUAUAUAAAAGACGUGUUGCAGUAGUGGAAGAUUCUUACGAAGAAAGAAUUGCUAGAGAGGAUUACAAAGCAGAUAAUGUCAGUGUUACAAGCUAUGAGGCAUUGAUAAGAGAAGUUCAUAGGGGAAAUGUUUUUGCUGGUUUUAUGAACGAAGAAAUUGCAUUUGCAUAUCAAGACAACAUCACUGCAAAUAAUGUGCUGACACCGCUUAAAAUUAUAUACACAGUUCCUGCCAUUAUUGACAUAUCUGUCUUAUUGUCAAAUAAUAACGACGCCUCACCAUAUUGGAAAUGUGCGGUUGAGAGAGCUGAAGAAACUUGGUUGUCCGCUUUUAAAGAAUACCAACCAAAGCUUAAGAUUGAAUCAGUGUAUUACGAUUCCGUGUCCAAUUUACUUGACAGAAUAUUCUUUAGAAUAUUGAUAGGAAUCGUAGCAAGUUUAACACUGAUGGGAACGAUGUUUCAUUUCAAAAGACAAAACAAUUUAACAUGGAAAGAUAAACAGGAUAAUGACAAUGUGGAUAAGACGGUAAAGGAAUUGAAGAUGGAGUUAAAGACCAUCUAGUGAUCAAUAACAGGACGAUACAGAACAAUGUUGAUGUGCAAAUUGUAGGAGAAUUUACUUUUAAUAUUUAAAGUAAACACAAGUUUGAGCAGAAGAGCAUAAGAAAGGGAAAGAAAUGAAUAAGCACAAGAAAUUUGGAUUUGAAUUGAUUUAUUAACCUAUUUACCUGUGAUUAAAGCCUUCGGGAGGUAAGAACAUUCUGUAAAUACAAUCCAAAUUUUCCAUAGUGUCUUGUUAGAAUAUUGACGCAUGUAGCUUCACAUAUUUUUGGUUUCAGUAAAUUAAUUUUUCAUUAUUAAUUUAUAUUAUAUAUACUUAUACUAUGUCAUACAAAGAUUAUGUCAGUAAUUUUUCUGUGCCGUCAUCAGGAACCUAAAGGUCGACUAAAAUGCUACUUUAACAUUUUAUUUGAAGCUUCUGAAAAUUAUUUCCCGGUUUUUCUGAUAUUACACAAACCAAAGCGAAUCUCACGAGAAACUUUAUAAUUUUCGUUAAUGUACACACAGUGUGGAAGGAAAGCAAAUUACAAGUACGUGUGAGCCUUGUGUUUUUUGUUACCGACUCGUUUGUACGUUCUACUACUUCAGUACCACUUAUGAUGUUAGUAUCGCUUUAAAAACAUAGUUACAUUAUUGGACCAGUUUAUGUCUUAAUGUGCCCAUUUUGGAAAUGAAAUAGCGAAUUUUUACCUUGUUUAUUUGGCUGAAGAGUAUUGGCCAAGUGACGCUGUUCGGUUAUUUAUAGAAAUAGCUUUAUUUAUAUAUA